AAGCCAGUCGAGUUCCGAGCUCCUGACAGUGAACUACAUGUACGCACCUCCUAGCUCCUUAUCAUAUUCCCCUUUCAAUUUUUUGAGCAAGUUAUUUCCAAAAAAUUAUUUGUUUGGUUAAAGUUUAUUGGUCUGAUUUGAAAAAAAAAACUUUUUGCGGUGAAUUUGCGGUUCAUGUGAAAUUUGAAUUUUGGUUUUUCGGUUGUUCUUCGGUGUUGUUGUUGUUGUUUCAAUAAGAAGUUAAGAAGAAGAGAUGAUGGCCACGAUGGCAAAGUUCAAGUGUCUCCUGGUUCUGCUGUUGGCCGUUUCCGUCUGCCGAUCACAAGUCGAUCCUGCGGCGACAACGACGACCUCCACUACGGACAUGUUGUUAACGACCUCCAGUUCGGGAUUGGACGGAGCCGUUCUGCUCCGGGCCGAAGGCCUCCGACUCGGCGAACUCUCCAAGCAAAUGGCCGAAACCAACCGGGCGCUGGAAGAGCUGCUGGCCACCAAACUGCGCGACAUUCACUACGCCUCGGUGAUUGGCGAAUUACGGGCCGAAAUUGACUCUCUCAGACGUGACAUGGAACACGUCAAGGAAGCGACGACAGCGUCGUCGGCGUCGUCGGGACGGAACGACGUCACGGCCGAGCCUACGGCGACGUCGUCGGAGAACGAGCAGAAGACGCUGCACUGGCUCCAGUCGUCGCUGGCCGAGAUGAAGGGCGAAAUCCUCGAUCUGAAUCGCUCCGUCAACGUGUCGAGGCAGUUGCAGCAGCAGCAGGAGACGGCCGGCCAGCUCCAGCUGACCCGCUUCGACGUCACAGUGCUGCAGGCCCAGGUGGCCGACGAGGCGGCUUACCGCCAGCAGAUCAAUCAAUCGAUCCAGCAAGUCGACGACGACGUCCAACGGCUCGACCAUCACCAGCAACUCAACGCGGCCCAAUUGGAGCGGCUCGAGAACAACAUGGCCGACAUUCGACUGGAAAUGCAACUCUCCCACAAGAUGCUGGCCAUGGCCGACAGUGAGCACGAAGAGCCCGUUGUCAACAUGCUCAAGACCAAGAAGAACCAGCGGAGGAGGACCCGAUCCGUCAUCGACGACGUCCAGCAAACGGACGAGGAGAUGAACCGACUGUCGACGAUGGCCACCACGGCGACGGACACAUCGGUCCAGCCCCGCCAGCACCACCGGAUCCGCCACCACCGCAGCGAGCUCAAACACCAAGUUCACACGCUGAGGAAGAUGGUCAAGACGCUGGCCGGCGAACAGCACGACCUGCAGAAACAGAUGGUCCUGCUGAGCCAAUUGAGGACCACCGCCGAGUCCAACGUCCACAAAAUGGAAACGGAACUGAGGGCCGUCCUGAAGCGGCUCGAGUCGCAGCCGUCCAGCAACUGCGCCGGCAGCAACGCGGAAGACGUGGCCGAAAUCAGCGCCCAGAACAAGAAGCUGGCCGAGAGCGUCGACCGGCUGACGCUGAAAGUUUCCGGCGUCGAUCAGGUCCAGUCGUCGACGCUUCAGCUCUUUGAAGCGAUGGAGCGGCUGGAGGAGCGCUACGACGACAACAUUGGCGAACUCCAGCGUGAAGUGGCCAAACUUGAGUACAACGACGGCCAGCUGACGUCCACCGUCCACACGCUCAAGGAGGAUCAGGGCGAGCAGUCGGAACUGGUCAAGUCGAUGAGGGCGACGACGACUCUACUGCAGGAGCAGGUCCAGGCCGAUCAGAUCCGCUCGGCUCUUUUGCUAGCCAAACUCACCAACAACACGCUGGCCAUGAUGAAUCAGAGCCACGGACAGCAGGUCCAGAACUGGAGAUUCGCCCAGAUUGAGCAGUCCAUCCAGUCUGCCCAGUCGAUCGAUUCGCUCAAGCAGAGCCUGGCCCAUCUGGAACACGAGUACAACAAUCUCGCCCACAAUUUACCUCACGAUUGCCGCGACGUGUCGUCGACGGGCGUCAAUUACAUUCUCCCGCGUGAGUCCAGUGAAGUCGUCAAAGUUUACUGCGACCAGGAGACUUCCGGCGGCGGAUGGACCGUCAUCCAGCGCCGGUCGGACGGCAAAGAGGAUUUCAACCGCAACUGGGCCGCCUACAAAACGGGUUUCGGCUCUGUGAUGGGCGAAUUCUGGCUGGGCAACGACAACCUCCACCGUCUGACGGAGGACAACACGACGAUGCUGCGGGUGGACCUGUGGGACAUUUACGGCCAGUACUGGUGGGCCGAGUACGACAGCUUCGUUGUGGGCAGCGAGAACGAGGGCUACUCGGUCCAGUUCCACGGCUACACGGGCAACGCCUCGGACGCCAUGGCCUCCUACCACCAGUCGAUGAAGUUCAGCACGCGGGACAACGACCAGGACCUGAGCAACACCAACUGCGCCGACAGCUACCAGGGCGGCUGGUGGUACUCGCACUGUCAGCACGUCAACAUCAACGGCAAAUACGCCCUGGGAUUGACCUGGUACGACAGCCUGGAGAACGAGUGGAUCGCCCUGGCCAAAGUCGAGAUGAAGGUGCGGGACAAGCGAAUUUUCAACCAACCAGCAACGACGACGGCGACGGCCAGCGUCGACUCGACUCCGUCGGUUCAUUGAACUGGACAAAAAGAAAUCAAAUCGAAAGAAAGACCCUCAAUCUCAUCCGUGAAGUGCCCCACGCCAUUCGUGCGAAACAUCUCGGACCGAGGCCUAGUCCAAGUUGAUCCCGUCGUGCACUUCAUCAUCAUCUCGCCCACCCACACACACACAGUCGUGUGUGUGUGUGUGUAUAAAUGAACUUAUUGUAUCCAUAUUUUAUGAUUCCCACUCGUUUUUCUCAGUUGUCAGUCCCACACCCCUCCCCCAGCUGUUUCAUCAUCGCCUGACGCCAACGGAUUUGGCGCACAAAGAAAAACAUUCAUGGAAUAUCACCGAUGAUCUGGCGGAUGAUUUGGUUUCGGUUGAAAAAGAAUUGGAUUGCGUCACUAUGUGUACAUGUAUAACCCUAGUCUAUAUAUAUGUGUUGGUUGGGAACGAAAAAUAAGGGCCGACUUAUUGUGUGUUGCGUUCGGGCCAAAAAACAAAAUUUCUGUUUCUCAAUGUGUGCGUGUAUCUAUACUAACGUGUUCUUAGAGCUGCCCGCCUGAAGGAAAAAGAAGAAACAACCAUUCAAAGAUUUUGUCCUCGAUUUGAAUUUGGCCAUCUUCCCGCCGUUUUUUUUUUUUUUUUAUUAUUUUUAUUGGCUGUGUUUUGUUCUUUUUUUCAAUUCAAAAUUCCCGCCCUGGAAUUAUUUUCAUGACCCUCCUUCAAAAUAAUAAUAUUUCAGUGUGCAUAACACAUAUCAAAUUAUAUACAUUUACGAAAGGAAAGGAGAGAAGGAAAGAGGACGAUGUUUGUGUUUUCGUUGGGUAGAUUGCGUGUGUGUGACGGUGUGUGUCACCAUGAUUAUAUAUAUACAUAUACAUGUUCAUAAUUCUCUCUUGAUUUUCCCUGGCUGGCAUUUUGGCGUGCUGCUUUCACAGGACACGGCAGGGCCCUGUAGCGCGCGUGUGUCUAUUAUAUACAUAUAUAUUCUCUUUGAUCGCCAUUGAUGAUGAAAAACAAACAAAAACAUUAAAACAAACUUAAAAUAAAAAAAAUCCAACCUGAGUUUUUUUGGGAUGGCAAAAACUGACAAAAAUCGAAUGAAAUGAAAAUAUACGGCUGAUAUAAAAACAA